AUGAUGCGAUAUUGUAUUUGCUGCGGCUGGCUGGCUGACCGCAAUAUGCCAGGCGGACCGACCGCCGCCGUCAUCGCGUUCCACAACCCUCGCAUCCGCGUCACCGUCGUCGACCGAGACGAGCGGCGCAUCCGGCGGUGGAACUCGAAGCACCCGCCGAUAUACGAGCCCGGCCUCCGGGACAUCAUCCGAGUCGCCCGGGACGGCGCAAUGGGGAGGUGGUGCUCGUUCAGCCGCGAGCCCCUUGAGGAGUCGCCGAGACGCUCCGACCCGGCCUCCGCGUCGACCUCGGCCACGUCCGACUGCGGGAGCCAGUGUGGCGGCGAAGAGGGCAUCGCGGUGCCCGCGAGGCGGCCGAACCUGUUCUUCUCGACAGCGGUCUCCGAGUGCAUCUCGGACGCGGACGUCGUCCUGGUCGCCGUGAACACGCCGACCAAGACGCGCGGGCACGGGGCCGGCACCGCCACGGACAUGGCCGCGUUCGAGGCCGUCACCGCCGAAGUUGCCCGGCACGCGAGGCCGGGGGCCAUCAUCGUCGAGAAGUCCACGGUGCCUUGCAGAACAGCAGAGCUCGUGCGAGAGACGCUCGCCACCCACCGCCCCGGCGUUCCCUUUGAGAUCCUCUCGAACCCGGAGUUCCUCGCCGCCGGCACCGCCGUCAACGACCUUCUGCACCCGGACCGCGUGCUCAUCGGAUCCGACACGACGCCCUCGGGGAGGCGCGCGGCCGGGGCGCUCGCCGGGGUCUACGCCGCGUGGGUGCCGCGCCGCCGCAUCCUGACGACCAACGUGUGGUCGUCGGAGCUCGCCAAGCUCGUGGCCAACGCGAUGCUCGCCCAGCGCGUCAGCAGCAUCAACUCGGUCAGCGCCAUCUGCGAGCGGACGGGCGCCGACGUCGACGAGGUCGCCGCCGCCGUGGGGCGCGACCCGCGCAUCGGGGACCGGUUCCUGCGGGCCGGCAUCGGCUUCGGCGGCAGCUGCUUCCGGAAAGACGUCCUCGGCCUCGUGUACCUCGCCGAGUCGCUCGGCCUCGACGAGGUCGGCGAGUACUGGGCGCAGGUCGUCCGGAUGAACGAGUACCAGCGGCUGCGGUUCACGCGCCGCGUCGUCGAGCGCCUGAACAACACGCUGGCCGGGAAGAAGAUCACGGUCCUCGGGUACGCCUUCAAGAAGGACACGUCCGACACGAGGGAGUCGCCGGCGCGCGAGAUCAUCCGGGCUCUGCUGGAGGAAGGGCCGCGGGAGAUCGCCGUCUUCGACCCUUGCUGCAACCCCCUGGUCAUCCGGGAGGAGGUCCGGCAGCUCUGCGAGAUGCAGGAGCCGUUCGCGGAACGCGGCAAAGACGGGGGCGAUGAAGAUGGGCCGUUGAGGGUCUACGGGAACGCAUACGAUGCCUGCCGCGACAGCAACGCGGUACUCAUCACGACCGAGUUUGACGAGUUCCGCAACACAAAAGUCCCGCCGCCGCCGCCGCCGUCGUCGUCUCCCCGCAAAAGCACGGCGGACGUCCUCGACCCGCGCCCGUUCCAGAGUCUGGAGAUCCGUCAGGCCGAUGUUUUGGCGCUGCAAGGAACACAACGGCCGAUGGAGCUGGAGACCUCUUCAGACGAUCCGCUCGGACGCUACAUGCCAGAACCCGAGUGCGCGGGCGACUGUCCCGAUUGCCGGGCGGGGCUGGACCGCGAGGCCUCGGGACUCGCCACCGCCGGGUCUGGGUUGGGGACCGGGGAGUACGGGGCCAGCAGGGAGAGGAUCGACUGGGCGAGGGUGGCGGGCGACAUGCGAGCCCCCAAGUGGGUGUUUGAUGGCCGGGCGGUCAUCGACGCUCAAGAGAUGGCCAAGCUGGGGGUCCGGGUGGAGAGCAUAGGAAGACGGAGUAUCUGGUGA